AAUAGUUAGUUGUAACUUCUAAGUUUGCCAAGAAUUGAUCCGUGGCCUAAACCACUUGGUUUAAAAAGAUAAAACACUUGACCUGAAAAUCCCUAGAAUCUCGGAGAAACAAACAUAGCCGAAGCAAAAUGAGCGGAGCAUUGUUCAGAAACGUCGCCGCCGACGCCGCCCGGCUGAUACGGCGUAACGCGGCGGCGGCGAUAGACCCGUUUGGUAAAACCGGCAUUGCUACUUCAGACGUCCGGCGACUGCAAUCGAGGUCAUGUUUCCGAAGAGCAAAAGAAACCGGAGUCUCACCUCCUUCUUCUUCGGGUUUCUGUUCAUCUUCUUCUUCUUCUUCUUCCUCGUUUGCGUCGGUGGGUUUCGUCGGAUGGUAUCUUGGAAUGGUGAAAUCACGCCCAGUUUUCACCAAAAGUGUCACUUCCUCCCUUAUCUACAUUGCCGCCGAUUUGUCUUCUCAGACGAUUGCAAAAACUUCUUCUGAGUCUUAUGACUUGGUGAGAACAGCAAGGAUGGCAGGAUAUGGUUUAUUUGUCUUGGGUCCAACGCUUCACUAUUGGUUCAAUUUCAUGUCAAGACACUUUCCCAAACAAGAUUUGAUCACAACGUUUAAGAAAAUGGCCUUGGGACAGACGAUCUACGGGCCUACUAUGAUGGUGGUUUUCUUCUCAUUGAAUGCAUUCCUACAAGGUGAAGGCGGUUCGGAUAUACUUGCCAGAUUGAAAAGGGACUUUCUCCCGGCGAUGCUAAACUGUGUCAUGUAUUGGCCUGUAUGUGAUUUUAUAACAUUCAAGUUCUUCCCGGUUCAUUUACAGCCUCUUAUAAGCAACUCGUUUUCGUAUUUGUGGACAAUCUACAUGACUUACAUGGGGAACCGUGAAAAACCAGACGCAAUUUCAAGCUGAAACACUCAAAUAUCUUCUACAUCAUCUACUGCAUUGCUUGUGGUUGAGAAAUGAAGAAACGCAGCUCAAAAGCCCACAUCAAACUGCAUUGGUUAAGAGACUCGAGCAUUCUUCAAAAUAUCUGCUAUCUGUAUGUAGAUUUAGGUUCGUUAAUUUAAGAGUUUAAAAUUCAGGAGUUUUGUUUCCGCAACUACAAAUUAAUUGCGAGAUAGGUUCACUGUACUAAAACACAAGGGGAAUGAUAUGAAAAAAAAAUCCAAAAU